AUGAUUGAAUUAUAAGAGACUAAUCCAAAAGAAGAAAUUGAUUUUGGGUAUGCAUAAAUUCUAAUUUAUUAGUUAAUCAACGCUAGAAUAUUCAGGUGAAUAUGAUGAUCAAUAUAAAUUAACUGCAAUCUAUUAUAGGAUCAAUAAGUGCAAAUAGAUCAUUUAUUAUCUUUUGUUAAUUUUAAGUCUUGGAUUAUUGUACUUAUUUUAAAGAUGGUUCAUUAAUUUGAGAUUGUUUCUAUUGUAAGCUUAAAUCAUGUAAAAAGAUUUGAAAAAUGUGAAUUUGGUACAAUGACACAUGUUUUAGUGAUCAAGACUAAGAACAUAAUUCCAAUUGCAGAUGAUUAACUUUGUGAAAUUUCAAUUGUUUAGGAUCAUCCCUUUUCAAAAAAUGCACGUGUCUUUAGUUACGAACUUAGCCAAUAUUAUCUUGAUACUUAUACAAAAUCAUUGAUUUAGAUGAGAAAUUCAUUUUCAUAAUAUACUCAAGAUAGAAUUUGUAAUAUGAAAGGCUUAAAUAAUUUAACAAGUGUUUAUGGAGAGAAUAUUAUGGAAAUACCAAUAAAAUCAAUUCCUCUCCUUUUACUUGAUGAAAUAUUAACACCAUUUAAUAUCUUUUAAUUGAGUGCUUUAGCUCUCUGGGCUUAUGAUGAUUAUUUAAAUUACUCUCUCUUUAUUUUAACAAUAACAAUUAUAUAAAUAUCAAUCGAAUUAAGAGAUGUUAGACAAAACUUAUUUAAAAUCUAAAAAAUGAUUAGAUUCAAUAUAGAUGUAAAAGUAAUUAGAAACAAUAAUCAAAUAAUUAUUCAAUCAAAAGAAUUGAUUCCAGGAGAUUUAUUAAUUAUUGAAGGACAUACUAAAAUUAGUUGUGAUUGUAUUUUAAUUGAAGGAAAUUGUGUAAUGAAUGAAGCUGUAUUAACAGGUGAAAGUAUUCCAAUUAAUAAAUCCAGUUUGGAAUAGAGUGAGUAGUUAUUUUAGUAAAAAGGAAAUGAAAACAAAAUGUUAUUUUGUGGAACUACUUGUUUAAGAAGUUAUUCAUAAAAUGGAGAAAAUGCUAAAGCCAUAGUUUAUUAGACUGGAUUUUAAACUUUAAAAGGUAGUUUGGCUAGAUCAAUAAUGUUUAAUAGAACUUAAACAUUUAGUUUUUAUAGAGAUUCUUUAAGAUAUUUAUUUGUAUUAGCUACAUUAGGUUUAAUAUAAGCUAUUAUUACAAUUUUAAUAAGUGGAGCUUAAGGUGUUGGUUUAGGAGAAAGCAUAAUAAAUGCUUUAGAAAUAGUAACAAUAAUAGUUCCAGCAACAUUACCAACUGCUUUAGGAGCUGGUAUUAGUCUUGCAUUAAAACGUUUAGAAGAUAAAUCUAUCUAAUGUGUAAAGCCAGAUAAAAUAAAUGUAGCAAGUAAGGUGAAUUUAAUAGCUUUUGAUAAAACAGGUACUCUAACAGAAUUAGGACUUGAUGUCUUAGGUUGUAGAGAAACUAAAGAUUAAGGUUUUAAUAAAUUAUAAAUGGUUAAAGAUGUAUCACAAUAAUUUAAUGAGUGUAUGGGUAUUUGUCAUUCAUUAUCAAUAAUCAAUAAUGAAAUAAUGGGAGAUCCUAUUGAUCUAUGCAUGUUUUAAGAAACAGGAUGGGAAUUAUUAGAAGAGAGUAAGGCAAAAAAAUAAAUGAAAGAAGUAAUAGUAAUUAAGAGAUACGAUUUCUUAGCAGAAUUAUAAAGAAUGUCAGUUAUAACAAAUGAAAAUAUUUUAUAUUGUAAAGGAUCACCUGAAUAAAUUAGAAGCAUUUGUGUUAAUGUACCUAUAAAUUAUAAUAAUCUCUUAUUAAGGUACAGUUCUUAAGGUUUCAGAAUAAUUGCUUGUUGUUAUAGAGAUGUUAAUCAUUUAAAUUAAUAAUAAUUACAUAAAAGAGAAAUCUAUGAAUAAAACAUGAUAUUCUUAGGAUUCUUGAUUUUUGAAAAUAAAUUAAAAGCAGAAACCAAAUCCACUAUCAUUAGUUUAAAAUAAAGUAAUAUUAAAUCAAUUAUGGUAACUGGGGACAAUCCAUACACUGCAAUUAACAUAGGAUUAUAAUGUAACAUAUUGGAUCAAAAUGGCAGAAUAUUUUUAGGAUUCAUUAAUAAUGAUAUAUUAUAUUGGAAUGAGAUAAUGUAAUAGAAAAUAGAUAUAGCAGACGAUAACAGAAGUUGUUACAGUUUAGAUUCGACUUAGGUUCAAAAUUUUGAAACAAAUGAAAUUAUGAAAUUAACUUGUCAUUUUUAAUUGGCAAUAACAGGAUAGGUAUUUGAAUAUCUACAAUAUCAAUAUGAUUAAUUAAUAGAAAAUCAAAAAUCGAUAUUAAAUCUAUUAAAAAGAACAUUUAUUUUCUCAAGAAUGAAACCUAAUAACAAAGGAGAUUUAAUGCUUCUCUUGAGGUAAGACUAAUUGAAUUUUAUUGCAUUUUGUGGAGAUGGUACUAAUGAUACUUGUGCUUUAAGAUAGGCAGAUGUUGGUUUAGCAUUAUCAUUAGAAGAUGCUUCAUUAGCUUCUCCAUUUACAAGUACAAUUUUCAAUAUUUCAAAUAUUAUCAAUUUGAUAAAAGAAGGUAGAGCUUGUCUAGUAACUUGUGUGGAAUGCUUUAAAUUUAUGACUCUGUAUUCAUGUAUCUAAUCUGUUGCUGUUUUAUAGUGUUAUUUCUAUAAUACAGAUUUUACUUAAGUGCAGUAUCUCUAUUAAGAUCUUUGGUUGAUUAUUCCAUUAGCUUUCACAAUGGAUUUAACAAAGUCAUAUAAUAGAUUGGCCAAUUUUAGGCCAAUAAGUAAUUUGAUAUCAUUGCCAGUACUAUCAUCUGUUUGUGUAAUGGUAUUAAUUAGUUUUGUGGCUUAAAUGAUUAUGCAUUAAAUAUUGAAAUAAUAGGAGUUCUAUUAGUAAAUCACAAUUGAUUUGGUAAAUGAUGACUAUUAUAUGUAACCAAAUCAUACAAACUCUAUUCUGCUCAUAACAUCCAGUACUGAAAUCUUGGCUGUGGCUAUAGCUUAUACAUAGGGACCUCCUUUUAGAGAAGCCAUAUAUUAGAAUAUUUAUUAUGUAAUUGCUAUAUGUUUGGGUAUAAUUGGAUAAAUUAUUUUAAUAUUCUUCCCAAAUUUAAUUGGAUUUUUAAAUUUAGAAGUAGAGUUUCCAACAGAUUUUAAAAUAUAAAUUUUAAUCAUUAACAUUAUUGUAGGAAUCACAAUCAUAUUUUAUGAGAAAUUAAUUACGGAUAAAAUGAAUUAAAAAUAUGCAGAAGGAGAAAUUAAUCUGGGAAAUCAAAAUUGA